AUGCUUGCAUGGACCGCUUCAAAGUCAAGCUCGAGGCUUCUUGUGAGUCGUUUGCAUAGUCAUAGCGGUAUCGGAGUCCAUGUAUCAUCAGCAUUAUUCACAUUAAAUCAUCAUCAUUUCAACAAGAAGAAUUAUUCAACAACAACGAUUAAUGUACAAUCGUCCGAUGGUGCAACAUCAUCAUCAACUCCAAAAAUUGAUAAAAGUGGAUUGAUAUGGAGAGAUGUCAAUGAAUUGGAAGAUGAAUUUAUUGUGAAGAGUAUGAUUCGUGUAGAUCAUGCUGGUGAAUUAGGUGCUGUUACCAUUUGUAAUGCACAAAAGGUGGUGCUGGGAGAGGAUCCAAUUGUGAAUGAAAUUUUGGGUCAAGAAGUAGAUCAUUUUGCUACUUUUGAUCGAAUGAUUAUUGAGAGAAGAGUGAGACCAACAAUUUUCCGUUCAAUUUGGCAACCAGCCGGAGUCAUGUUAGGGAUUGGAACAGCAUUGCUGGGAAGAAACACUGCUAUGGCUUGUCAUGAAGCAAUCGAGAACACAAUAUUCGAUCACUAUAAUGAACAAUUAAGAGAUAUUUAUGUAAUGUCUUUGAGCAAAUCUCAACAACAGGAAAAGGCAGAGAGCUCUUCAACCAAUGUUUCAGAUUCUGAUAUUGAAACCGAUACAGAAUACUUCUUCAAAUCCGAGCAUCAAAAACAAGAAAUUCAAGAAAAAGAGCUUCGAGAAAUUAUCAAGCAGUAUAGAGAUGAAGAAUUACAUCACCAUGACAUUGCAAGAGAUGCCAAUACCGAUAGAAACAGUUUGUUAUAUAAGGCAGCUUAUGGAUUUAUUUCAACGGGUUGUUCAAUUGUCAUUAAUUUGACAAAGAGACUUUAA